CGCACAAAUAUUUAUUCCAGACAAUUAAUUCAUUUCCCUCCACAACGGUCGAGUUCAUUUCUGAUUUCGCUCACUCACUGAUUCAAAAAGCAAAAUCUGUUACGAGUCGGCGUCACAACUUUCCCACCCGCUUUCUCUCAUUUUCUCGCCCAAGAAUAUUCAAGAAAGUCGGUCCAGAGAGAAAGGGGGGAAAAAAGAGAGAUUCGAGUUCGAAGAAAUGGUGAGCAGAAGCAGCAGCAGCAGUAGCAAGAGCCGGGAAAGAUUGCCGGAGAAGAAGAUUCCAGUUCUCUCAGUCUUGCAGAACUGUUCGAUCAUCAAGAACAUCUUCGUCGUCGGCCCGUCCGACGGCGGCGGCUCCUCCGUCGCCUCCGGAGGCGGAAACCAGCCGGCGAGAGAAGGAGGUGGCGGUACGGAAAUGGAGGAGGUUGUGACGGUCGGCCGGCAUCCGGACAACUUGAUCGUGUUGACGCAUCCGAGCAUCAGUAGAUUCCACUUCAAGAUCAUCGUCAAGUCUUCUACUCACCAGCUCUUCGUCACCGAUUUGAGUUCCGCUCAUGGAACUUGGGUAUCGAGGAAGAAGAUUGAGCCAGGAGUUCGAGUGGAGGUUGCCGAGGGAGAUACGAUCCGAAUCGGCGCUUCAACCAGAGUUUAUCGGCUGAAUUGGGUGCCAAUGAGCGGCGCUGACGAUAUGCAGAAUCCUUCUGCUUCUUCAGCUAUGGAUGUUGCUUUGGUUGAAGAGAAGGAAGAGCAAAAGCCAGGGCUUGUUGAAGCUAAACAAGAGAUGACGACUCCUCAGAAGGAAGAUAAAGAACUUGGGAUUAGGGAUUCAGACGAAGUGAGGGAGGUUUUGAGCGGCGAAAGAGACGAUGUAUUUGCUAGGAAAGCUGCGAAUGGGGAAUUUUCUGGGGUUAGUGAGAGCAGUGAACAGUAUUCAUGUGAAGAAGUGUCAGGGAUGGUAGAAGAAGAGGUCAAGUUGGAGUCUCCAUUGCCUGCUACAGAAGUAGAUAUCAAGUCGGAAUCCCCAUUGCCUAUUCUGGCUGCAGAGAACGAAGUGACUAUGAAGGAAGAAGCAGAGUUUCAGUUAAGGGAUUCUGAGGAUGUUUUCAGUACUGAGAAGAAAGAGGUAGUUGUUUUGGAGGCUAUCAGUAAUGCAUCUUCUUCACAAGAAGAAAGCAGAGAAUGUUAUUCAUGUGAAGGAGUAUCCGAUGUCCAUGAUGGCUUAGAUUCUUCGCUGCCUGUUAUGGAAAAACAGCAACAGUCUGGCUGUGAUGUAGUGGAACAAACAGAGAACCAAUGCUUGGUGAAGGAAGAUCAUGUACAAUGUGGAAUGUUUGAAUUAGAAUCUGUUAACUUGUCGUUGACAGAGGUGGAACCAACUGAGAGCUCUCGGCAAGUGCUUUUUGCAGAGGGGAAAGUGGAAAUUGGAAGUCCAUAUAUAAAUGAUGAUGAAGCAUUGGAAGUUUCAGAGCUGGGAACUGAUGGUCCAGUAACAAGACACGAAGAAGCUUCUGUAAGUUCACUGAUUAAAGAUCAAGAACAAGGGGAAGCUGCUGUUCUAGGAUCUGAUUCUGAAAACUUGUGCUAUAUUGCUGGGAAAUCGGCUGAUGCCCACUUGACGCAGGUAUCUGUUUGUGAAGAGAAUGACGAAACAAGGGUUCCCUUGAGAAAGGAUAAUGAAGUAACAGAAGUUUCAAUCUAUGGAACGUGUGGUUCAGUUGUUGUAGGAAGUGAAUUUGAAGAUAAUGAUGUAUCUGAGUCCUCCUUUGCUAAUGAUGCCCUGGCAGAGAGUGGGAGCAGAGACUUGUCUCUAAUAUUUCAAGGAGAAUCCAGUGAAGUGGCGAACCUAUACUCUUCACUACUUUUUGCAGCUGUCAAAGCCCACCUGGACAGAGAAAUAGCAAUGAUGGGAGACAGGGAACCUUCAGAACCUGCUCUUUUAGAGGUGAACUUGUCUUUGACAGUUGAGAAUCUACUCGAAGCUGACCAGCCGCUGGUGUCCCAUGAGGAGGGCAAAGAAGACAGAAAAGAUGACGAAGUCAUUGAAGUUCCAAGCACAAUUCAAGCAGACUUGCUGGAUAGUGGAAGAGCAUCAAUGAAGGACCAGAGAAGUUCAGAACCUGGUAUUUUCGAGAAAUCUGAUUCAGUGAGCUUGUCUGGGACUGACUUGCACGAGGUUUCUUCUGUUGUGGAGAAGGAAGGCUUAUGGAGCUCGUUUAAAAAUAUUGAUGAAGUUCAAGAAGACAUUGUGGAUUGUGUAAGUUCAUCUAUGAAGGACCAGAAAUCGGAUUCAGUGAACUCAUCUAUGAUGGAUGAGAACCUUUCUGGGACUGAGAUGCAACAGGUUUCUUUAGUUGCGGGGAUGGUAGAAGACAUAGCAAGCUUGUGUAGAAAUGAUGAUGAAGCCAAAGAAGUUUCUAACUUGCCUCGGUCGGUUGAGAAUCUAGUCGAGGCUGAGCUCCAGUUGGUUCCAUUUGAGGGAAAAUAUGACAUCAGCUCUCUGUCCAUAAAUGAUGGUAAACUCACAGAAGUUCCUAAGUCCGUUUUUUCGGUUGAGAAUCUACUCGAGGCUGACCUACAGUUGGUUUCAUUUGAGGAAAAAGAUGGUGAAUUCACAGAAUUUGCGAAGUCACCUUUUCCAGUUGACAAUCUACUUGAGGCUCAACUGCCGUUUGUGUCAAAUGGAAAAGAUGAAAUGAGCCUUUUGUCCAGAAAUGACGGUGAAGUCACAGAAGUUCCAACCAUGGUGCAAACAGAUGUAGGAUACGAUGAAAGAUCAAUAAUGAAGGAUCAAGAAGAUGUCAAAAUUGAUCCUUCUGAAGCAGAUACAGGUUACUUGUCUUUGUUGGUACAAAAUCUCUCUGAGCCUGAUUUUCAGCUGUCCUUAGUGGGUAAUGAAGACAUCGGAAGAAGCCCGUGUAUAGAUGUUGAUAAUGAAGAAGUUUCAGAACUUCCUAACUUGGCAACUGUUAGUAUUGCUGAUGAAGAGUGUGAAAGUGGAAGCGAGCAUGGGAAAUCUGAUGAACUCAAUAGAAGUCCUGAUUCUCUUCCAAGCUUGAGAAGUUAUCAUGAGAAAUGUGAUGAACUCGAUAGAAGUCCCAAGUCCCCUGCAACCUUGAAAAGUUAUCAUGGAAGCGAGAAUGUGGAGUUCAAUGAACUGAAUAGAAGUCCUGAAUGGCCGUCUGUUGAAGUUCACCUUUCAAAGAGAUUAGACACAGAGUUCCCUGUCAGCUUAGAGACAGAUAUCAAUAUGGACGACUUUGAUUCUCUAAUGUCUGUUGAGACGAUGGAAGGAGAUGAUCUGGACACCGCAAGUAGACCACUGGAGGAAGGCCAUCUGGAAAUUUCCCCCCUUGAAACAGAAUCCAGCAUUUCUGAAGCUAAUUCGCUGCCAGUCUCGUUUUCUGAAGCAAGGGAUGAUAAACUGAUGGAAACUUCAAACUCCGAAGUUGGUAGUUUAGUUGUCCACGAAGCGGAAGAAGGGGACACGUUUGAAGAAUCGUCACCAAAGAUUGGAAACGUGGACAUUGAUUUUGAUUCUACUCUAAGAUCACCAGUGAAACUCAUUAAUACCAUGGACUUGGAUACUCUCUUUGUUGCUGCAGUUGAAUCUGACUUGGACAGCAAUGCAUCGCCGGCAGAAGACCAGAGACACCUAGACAUGUCUCUUUUUGAUAGCCCUGCAAGGGAAGAAGCUGCAUCAAAGCGAGGCCAAAGCUUGGAUUCAAGCAACCCGCUGGAUUUCGAUUCAUUCUCGUCAUGUGAUGGUGCUGCAGUGAGACACCGAGAACAAAAGAAGGAAGAAGUUAUUCCUGUUGAAUCUGAAUCUUUGACUUCGCCUUCACAGCCAGUCAUCCAUGUCAGUGGUGGCAUUCAAGAACCGGAGGAUCACAAUUCUACUCCAAAUGCAGAACCUGGAAGCUUCUCUAUCUGCACUGUAUCAAUGGUGACAGAAUCUGUGAGCUCGUCAUCUUUCUCAAUUGAGGAACUUCUCUCUCAGAUCAUGGAGAAUGAAGAAGAAGAAGAAGAAAGCAUGACCCCGCAAUCUGUUCUUACGACAGUACGAAGUUUGGAACAACAGCAUCCCAAGAGCGAGAACAAUGCUGGCAGGUCAUCGGUAAAGAGAACAAGCUUUAGGCUCAAGAGAGUAGAAUCUGGUUCAGUUGAUGGUCAGCUCCGGAAAACUCAAAGCAUGGGGAAGAUCAUUACAGAAGAUACGAGAUCAUCACCAAAGAAGCUUCAUUUCUCAGGUCUUGAAUCGCCACCACAGAGAGAACUCUUCACUCCGGACAAGGAGAAUAGAAGCCCGAAUAAGUCCAGUUUAAGCAGAUCGUUAUCGUCUAAGAUCACGCUUACUUCCAGAAUCAUGGCCGCAGGGAACACUUCUCCGAUCAAGGAGCACUCCAGCACUCCUGGAGCCAUUGAACAAAGGGAAGCUACAACUACCACACCAAGCUCAAGUUCCAGGAAUAAUAAAGCGAAGUUAGGACUACAACUGGGGCUAAGGAACGACAGGAUGCCGUUGCAGAAUCUGAUUAUCCGUUCCCCUGUGAAAAGCUUGUGUGGUGGUGGAGCUUCUUCACUUGGUUCUGCUGCUUCCUUUGAAACAACACCUGGUUCUUCUGCUGCGGAGCAAUCUUAUGUUAACCGCAGCAGAGAAGAGACAAAGACGAAGAAGUGGAUAAUGGUGGUGGACACGGCUUCUCUGCUGGACCAAGAGUCAAGGAAGGCAUUGCAGCUUCUACAAGGUCUCAGGGGGACUAGGUUGGUCAUUCCAAGAAUAGUCAAGAAUGAACUGGAGUCACUGAAGAGGACUGGUAGACUGUUCAGGAGAAGGAACACAGCGGCGUCCAAAGUGUUGGAGUGGAUAGAAGAGUGUGAACUGAAAACAGAGUGGUGGAUUCAUGUCCAGACUUCGAUAGAUGAGAGUGCAGUUCCACCCACGCCACCUGCAUCGCCAGAAUCUGGAGGCGGCAGCAGCAGGACAAAAUGGUACACUCCUCCAUUUUCAUCGAUGACGACACCACCUGCUUCGCCUGAAUCUGGAACCACCAGCAAGACAAAAUGGUACAGUCCAUUUUCAUCGAUGCCCUCGCCGAGACGAGAAGAUCAUGUCCUUUCCAGUGCCUUGUUCUACAAGAAACUCUGCCGUGAUGGUGAACGAGUUGUCCUGAUCAGCCAUGAUCCCGACCUCCUGUUCAAAGCCAUGCUAGAGGGUUUGAUAUGCGAGACGGCUCAGGAGUUCAGGGGCAGCCUGGUAAACCCUUUCUCCGAAAGGUUCUUAUGGGAUGAAAGCUCUCCCAGAGGGCAUACCUGGUCUGUCCACGAUGACGUGGUGUUGAAGGAAAGGUAUUACCCUACUCCUCAUCGGAAGUUGACACGGGGAGACAGUGCGAGAGGCCUGAAACUCAUACUGCUCGACGACGAUGACUCCCGUUGCAGUCAUGGAUUCUCCAGUGACUCCAUUAAAACCCUGUAAGGCUUCUCUGGAAUGAGUAAUCAGAACUUCUUUAUCUUGUACCUGCUACACUUUUCUGCAGGUU